AUGUUUUCUGAUGUUUGUUUUUGCCCACGGUGGCCGUUGCUGUUGAAAUUUAGUGAUUAAUGUCGCUUUAAGAAACGCGCUGGUGGGGGCAGACCGUAUCCCAAUCUUUACUCAGUCGUAGAGUGGAGGCGGACAGGGCUACACGCUUUCGUCCACGGAGCUGCGCUUUAGGAACUGAAGCCAUGGCAACAGCAAUAGCAGAAGCGGAGACCCGUCAGCGCUUGCUUAGGACCGUCAAGAAGGAGGUGAAGCAGAUCAUGGAGGAGGCUGUCACCAGGAAGUUUGUUCAUGAAGACAGUAGCCAUAUUGUGUCAUUCUGUGCUGCGGUGGAGGCGUGCGUCCUGCACGGGCUGAAGCGACGGGCGGCCGGAUUCCUGCGCAGCAACAAGGUGGCGGCGCUCUUCACCAAGGUGGCCAAGAGCUUCGCCCCCGCCGAGGAGCUCUGCAGGAAGGCCCAGGAGAUGGAGCAGGUCAUCGACAGCAAGAGGAGUCAGACCUUGCCUCACCAGGACAGCACUCGCAAGCUGCCCAGGCUUCCUAGUCUGUCACCGCAGGGCUUCAAACACCUGUGGAUCCGCACCGCCCUCAUAGAGAAGGUGCUGGACAAAAUUGUACUCUACCUAGUGGAGAACAGCAGUAAGUUCUAUGAGAAGGAAGCAAUUAUGAUGGAUCCUGUGGAUGGCCACAUUCUUGCCUCUUUGUUAGUGGGGCCCUGCGCUCUGGAGUACACUAAGAUGAAGACAGCCGACCACUUCUGGACGGACCCGUCUGCGGACGAGCUGCUGCAGAGACACCGUAUCCACAGUGGUCACUGCCGCCAGGACUCGCCCACCAAGAGACCCGCCCUGUGUAUCCAGAAGAGGCAUUCUAGCAGCAGCAUCGAUGAGAGGCCCUCCCCCUCCCCCUCUGCCAGGGACUACGUGGAGUCUCUCCACCAGAACAACAGAGCCACGCUCCUGUUCGGCAAGAACAACGUGCUCGUACAGCCGAGAGAUGACAUGGAGGCUAUUCCAGGGUACCUCUCUCUCCACCAGACGGCCGAUGUCAUGACCCUGAAGUGGACACCCAAUCAGUUGAUGAACGGAUCAAUGGGAGAUCUGGAAUAUGAGCGGAGUGUUUACUGGGACUAUGCCAUGACUAUUCCUUUGGAGGAAAUUGUCUAUCUACACUGUCAUCAGCAAGUGGACAGUGGAGGCACGGUGGUGCUGGUGAGCCAGGACGGGAUCCAACGCCCCCCGCUGCGUUUCCCCAGGGGGGGUCACCUCCUGCAGUUCCUGUCCUGCCUGGAGAACGGCCUGCUGCCCCACGGCCAGCUGGACCCGCCACUCUGGUCCCAGAGAGGGAAGGGGAAGGUGUUCCCCAGGCUGAGGAAGAGGGGGGCUCAGGGAUCCUACGACUCCAUCUCGGAUAAAGAAGAAGAUGAGGCCACAGACUAUGUCUUCCGCAUCCUGUUUCCAAACAGCCAAUCAGAAUUUGCUCCACCUCCAGAGCUGAUGGACCAGGCAGCGUCCAUGUGGCAGCCCACUCCCAGGAAGUCCUCCUGCUCUUCCUGCUCCCAGGGCAGCUUCUCAGAGGGAGGGCCUCCCAACGGCUGCAACCAUGAGAGAGCUCCCCUUAAACUCCUCUGUGACAACAUGAAGUAUCAGAUCAUCUCCAGGGCUUUCUAUGGCUGGUUGGCCUACUGUCGCCACCUGUCCACCGUGCGCACCCACCUGUCAGCCCUGGUGAACCACGCCAUCGUGGACCCGGACGCCCCCUGUGACGCGUAUGCUGGCCUCACCGCUGAUGUCUGGCAGAGCUUCCUACAAGACUGCAGUUCCUAUGAGGAGACAGAGCUGCUGCGGCUGGUGUACUAUGGAGGCGUGGAGCCCUCGCUGCGGAAGGAAGUGUGGCCUUUCCUCCUGGGACACUACCAGUUCGGCAUGUCUGUGGCCCAGAGGAAGGAGGUGGACGAGCAGGUGCGUCUGUGCUACGAGCAGACCAUGAGCGAGUGGCAGGGCUGCGAGGCCAUCGUGAAGCAGCGCGAGAGGGAGCAGCACGCUGCCGCGCUGGCCAAGUGCUCGUCCGGGGCCAGCAUAGACAGCACCUCCCAGAAGCUCCUGCACAGGGACUCCACGCUCAGCAAUGAGUCCUCCCAGAGCUGCAGCUCUGACAGACAGAGUAACGCACGACUCCAGAGUGACUCCAGUAGCAGCACUCAGGUGUUUGAGUCAGUGGAGGAGGUGGAGCAGAUCGAAACGGAGCCAAGGGUGGACGAGCCCAUCAAGCAGGUGCCCAAGGUGCCCAAUGGGGCGCUCCAGAAUGGCACCAGCUCGCCGGACUCGGGCCACCCAUCCUCCCGGAACUUCUCCGUGGCUUCGGCCCUCUCGGACUCGCUGAGUACAGAGGACAGCGGCGUGCAUGAGCCCGGCCCCAGAAGCACCAGUGCUGCCCAGCCAAUGGCCGCGUUGGCACCCCUGGGUUCCUCUGUUGGCGCUGAGGCCGAAACCCAGCUGAGUGAAAGUGAAGAGCAAGUACAGGAAUCGCAGAGAGCAGCGAAGGGGAAGGAGACAGUAAAAGAAGAGAAGGAAGAAGCAGAUAUGACCUCAGACGAGGGGAAAGUGGUAGAAAUGGAGGACAGUGAUGCCAAAUCAAAAGAAACAAAGAAGGAAGAGGGGUCAAAGGUCAAAGAUAGUGCCAUGGAGAGGAAGGCUCUGGUGACACAGGAGAGAAAAAUAGAAUCAGUCAAGGAAGAGGCUGAGGAACCAAAAGCUGUUGAAGAUAUAGAAUAUAUCAAAGAACAAGCAGAGGAACCAAAAGCUGUUGAAGAGAAAGAAUCUGUUAAAGAAGAGGUUGAGGAACCAAAUGCUGUUGAAGAGAAAGAAUCCCUCAAAGAAGAUGCUGAGAAACCAAAAGCUGUUGAAGAGCUCGCCAAACCUGCAGAGACAGAGAGGGAAAGAGAGAGAGAGGGAAGCAUGACGGCAGACACAGGAGCUGAAGUAACGGUGACAGAGACAGGUGAACACAAAGACCCAAUGGAGGCUACAGGAACAAUGGAUCUCAGCAGUGAGCAGGGGGAUGUUACAGUCGAGUCAAGGAUAAAAGAUGAAAGAACAUCAGAGUUAGAGAAAAACGCUCCAAUACAAGAGGAUGAGAUAUUGACAGGAACAUCUACUGAAACUAAACAGGACAUGACAUUAGAGACAGCUAAUGAAACAGAAGAGGAUGUAUCCUCUGUAGCAGAGGACUUUGAAAUAAAAGAGGACAAAACAUCAGACGCAGAAAAAGAAAUGAUAUCGGAGAGAGAGGAGACCUGUAUACCCAUCAAGACGGAGGCAGAGUCCUUAGAAAGUAAGUCUGUGGACACAGAGGUCACAGGAAUAAAAGAAGAUACACCACUUAUAACUGUGUCUAGAGAGGACGGUGAGCCUGUAGAGGUACGGGAGGCUAGCAAACUGACAACAAAGACUGCGGUUGAUGACACAGAGAAUAAGAUGCCGGCAGCACAAGACAAUGCAGACUCAAGGGGAGACAUGGCAACAAGCUGUGAGGCUAAAUCAGACAGCGAUGGAGAUGCCUCCAUUUUAAAAGAAGCCAUAGGAACACGGGAAGGUACAAUGUCAGAUUCACCAAAGUCAGACAGAGAAGAACAGGAAAUGACAUCAGGUGUGGUGACAGGCAAGCCAAAGGGGGCAGUCACAAAGGAGUCAUUGGGUGCAUGUGAUGAAAAGGCCAUAAGAGAAGAUGUGGAGGAAACAAAGGAUGCUGGGAUGUCAGAGAGCACACCCCCUCCUCUCGAAUUACCAGCCCCAGCAUCAGUGGCAAAGGCUGCAGCGUCCAGAGUGCUGGAGGUGGUCAGGAGUCGUCAGCCAGAGGUAACCCCAGCUGCCCCAGACUCGGACGACUCUCCCACAGCCAUCGAGAUGGAGGACAUACCCAUGGCAAGGGUGCCCAAGGCGUCCUGGGAAGCCAAGCCCACGUCUGAAGGCACAGAGCACCAGGCAGAGGGGAGCGACGUGGUGGCCCUGGCGCUGAGAAUGGAGGAGGGCCGCCAGCACAGUCCAGAGGGCACAGCGUCGGCCCUGCGCGAGGAGCGGGAGAUGGAGAGUUUCUACCCCCCCUUUGACUCCCUCACUGUGUCAGCCGAGAAGACUGCGGCCACCUCUCCAGUGUCUUCCAUUGGAACUACUUACUCUCAAGAGCUUUUGGAUAUGUACACUCUCAAUCUUCACCGCAUUGAUAAGGAUGUCCAGCGAUGUGACAGGAAUUACUGGUACUUCACCCCAGCAAACCUUGAGAAACUCCGUAACAUCAUGUGCAGUUACAUUUGGCAGCACCUGGAGAUUGGAUAUGUGCAGGGUAUGUGUGACCUGCUGGCCCCACUGCUGGUCAUCCUGGACGACGAGGCGUUGGCCUACAGCUGUUUCACAGAGCUCAUGAAGAGGAUGAACCAGAACUUUCCACAUGGUGGGGCAAUGGACACUCACUUCGCCAACAUGAGAUCGCUGAUUCAGAUCCUGGACUCGGAGCUCUUUGAGCUCAUGCACCAGAAUGGAGAUUACACCCACUUCUACUUCUGCUACCGCUGGUUCCUGCUCGACUUCAAAAGAGAGCUGGUCUAUGAUGACGUGUUCUCUGUGUGGGAGACCAUCUGGGCGGCCAAGUACGUCUCGUCCAGCCACUUUGUGCUCUUCAUCGCCCUGGCUCUCGUGGAGAUCUACAGAGACAUCAUUCUGGAGAACAACAUGGACUUCACAGACAUCAUCAAGUUCUUCAAUGAAAUGGCGGAGCACCACAACAUCAAGCAGAUUCUGACUCUAGCAAGGGACCUGGUGUGCCAAGUCCAGACUCUUAUAGAAAACAAGUAACUCAGAGCCAGUAAUCUCUCUCUCUCUCUCUGUCUUUUAAAAGAAGCUUCCCACUGUCCCUUGCUGCAUCUCACAAACAGGAGUCUCUCAGACUUCUUAGGCCUUAAGCAAUGGAAACCUCACAAUGGAAGAACUGAAGGGUCCUCUUCUGUUUCUUCCAUGUACCUUAUAGUACCACUACAGCAUUUUCCUAGACAGUGUGAAACCCUCCAUCAUGGUUGACAAUUACAACUCACCAUUGCUCCCUGCUGACAGUCAUGAUUUUAGUAUUUUGGUCUAUGUUUUUGGAUGGUCUUUGGUGAUAAUGACGAUGAUGAUGAGGCUCAAUUAUUUGUGUUCUCUUUGAUAGAACAGCUCCAGUUAGGGUUCUGUGUCUACACUCUGUUGACACUCAGUGUUUGCAGGCAGUGGAUCCUCAGUGUUUGUGUGUGUGUGUGUCGUUGUGUAGGGGUUUAGAGCUUCUUUGAACAGUCUUUGUUUGUGCAUGUGUGUGUGUGUGCGUGAUCAACAUGCUAAAUGCAAGGUCAGUCAGUUUGUUAGGCAUCGGUUCGUUUUACUCUUCGCUUUGAUGUUCAACAGACAAUAGGUAAUAUACUGUAUGUUUGCUCUGAAUUAAUGAUAUGACAAUGUCUGCAUACAGAUGGACCUCUAGAUACAGAGGACAUACAGAAGCUUGAUUCAUCACACAUCAAUUAUUUCACUCGUGUAUUCCAGAGGAAGUUUGGUAGAAUGCCAACUGCAUCAUCAGCAUCUUAAAUUUUACUGUAGACACACACACAAGUCAAUUUGCACAGUUCUACCUGCCAUAUAUCAUUAUUUACACUAUAGGAGCAGUGGGAGGCCAUCAGUUGGUUGGCCAGGAUUCAGUUCCCAAACUUGCCAUUAAGAGUCUGGGUUGCUUUGGAUAAGAGUGUCUGCUAAAUGCCAGUCACCUUGACCUUCACAUAUCAUACAUCAGCAGUAUAACAGAACAAUCUACCAAAUCCAACACAAUAAGCAUACAUACAUGUCUUUCAGAAGAAUUCCCUUGCAUAUAUCUGUGCCAUUGUAUCUUUUUUAGACUUAAUGCCAUUCAAAGGAAAGAAACAGUCAGUUAAAGGUGCUGGUAUUGCACCUACGUCUGUGGAUCAGGGAAGAAAAUGUCCAAAGGAAUUGUGUAUAAGUUGAAACCACAUCAGCGUACUCCAUUGUAUGUGCCUAUUUCAAAUAUAUCUCUGAACAGAUGUCCACUGUAAGUGUGUGUGUGUGUGUGUGUGUGCUAGGGAUUGAAUGUGUAUCUGUGUAUGUGUGUGUAAGUUCAAGGGAGUGCCAAAGUAGAGGUAAAUUAAAAAAAUAUAUAGUGCUUCAUUUAUAUAGAUAUAUUUAGUGUACAUCCAGAGAAAUAUAUAGAAGUUACUUGGGUGAAAAAAGAAGCAGAAAUUCUGGCCAGUGCUUUCAUUUACUUUCAUUACUCUGUGAUGUAUUGUAUAUUAUGCAAACUGCAUUGCUCACAGAUGAUCUGGUAGCGGCUCCUCUAGUCUUUUCUGCCUAGAUCCUUUGUAUGAGACUCCCCAAAUGCUGUCAAAGGGGCAUUUCUAAAAUCUUAGCUUUAUAUUGUAUACCCUUUCAGCUUUCUAUUUUUACUAUACUGCUGAGUACAAUGCUUCGUGGAGAAUAAUUAUUAACCUGUUUGGAAACACACUACUGAACAUGUGAUUGUGUGUAUGUGUACAUGUGUGUGUAUAUGUUGCACACUCCAGAACACCAGCCAUGAUAACAUACAUCACAGGUAUAAUUCUAUGGACCAUUCGUCUUAUUCAGGUGGGGGCCAUUGUAAACCAAAACGAGGCUACAGGGUACACAAACCAUAGGAUUGUUGUGUUCUAUGCAUUUGCCAGUAGGUGGCAAAAAUGCAUUAAUGAUGUAGUCAGUGUACCCUGUAGCCUCGCUUUGGUUUACACAAUGGCCGCCGCAUAAAUAUGGCGAAUUCCACCCUACAGUAUGUCUCAGAGCUUGAAAUGUCACUGGUUCUACAGUCAUUGCUUAAUCUUUGGGUGUAGAUGUCAGGCAAUGAAUAUUGAUUGUUCUUUGUGAUAGCAAGCUGCUACAUGUUACCAUAGUGAGA